UGAACAGUAGAACGACUCAUUUUCAACUACUCCCAUUUAAUGCAAGAAUGGCACGCUCCAUGUUGCUCAUUUUAGUUCUGGUUUGCGUCGCUGAAAUUAAAGUUGUUGCAUUUCAUGACCACUUUAGAAAUGUGGCGUAUGGAAAGCAUGCAAUUCAAAGUUCAAGUCAUCCAAAGUUUCCAGCAUCUAAAGCUGUCAAUGGUCUCCUUUCUGACUUUUCCCAUACUGAAAAAGAAAGAUCACCUUGGCUUCGAAUUGAUCUUGGGAGAAUCUACGAAAUACACCAAAUAGAAAUCUUCGCUAGAAAGAACUGCUGUGAUGGCCGACUUCAUGACGUUGACGUUAAAGUGGGGAAAAACGUAUACUACAUGCAUUUUUGCGGUCAUUUUAUGGGACCAACAAAAGCUGGACAAAGGUUCUCUGUAUGGUGCCCAUCAAAAACAUAUGGUCGAUAUGUACAAAUACAGAUCGUCGAGGGAUCAGAAAAUAUUCUAGACCCGGCAGAGGUUGCUGUAUGGGGACGUUUGUGAUUUAUCAAAGAAAUCUCAAUAAAUAGAAUUUGAAUGAAA